AUGGAAGAGUACAAUCAAGCACAAUCCCUUUUACAACAACAAAACGAUAUGUUGAGUGAGGCACUUGUCAUUGGAAGAGAGAAUGAACAAAUUGGAGCUGAAACUCAUCAAAUGCUUGUCCAACAAGGGGAACAACUAAGAGGAGUAAAUAACAAAUUGGAUGACAUUGAUUCAAACGUGACUAUUGCAGAUAGCAAAUUAAAGAGAAUGACUUUCAGAUUAAUCACAGACAAAUUUGUUCAAAUUGGAAUAAUUGCUUUACUAAUUAUUGCUAUUCUCUUAGUAAUCUUUAUUAAGUGGAUUUUACCUCUUAUUUAA